GAGCUUUGGGUGGAGGUCAAAGCCAACGGCCUGGAGGCCGACAUCCAGACUUACAACGCUGCCCUUGGCGCCUGCGAGAAAUCGUCCGCAUGGCAGGAGGCCCUGUCUGUGUUGGCGGAGGCACGCCGGGCAAAGCUGCAGCCAACUGGGGCGACGUAUUGCACAUGUCUCGGGGUGUGUGGUAAGGCUUCUCAGUGGCAACUCGCCUUUGCCCUCCUGGGGGAGGCGGAGUGUGCCCAGAACAGCAAGGAGGGGGAUGUGCGGACCUCGAAUGCCGCCUUGAGCGCCUGUGAUCGGGCAUCCGAGUGGGCGCAGGGCCUCAGCCUCUUCAAAGAGGUUCGUCGGAAGCAGGUGCAGCCCAGUGUUGUCACCUUCAGCACCUUGAUCAGCGCCUGUGGCCGGGGCAGUGAAUGGCAGCUUGCUCUGUGCCUGCUCGACGAGGCAUUGAACAGCAAGCUGCAGAUCAACACCAUCACCAUGAAUUCAGCUAUCAGUGCAUGUGAGAAGGCUGCCCAGUGGCAGUGGGCCCUGCUUCUCUUAGGCACCCUGGAAGCAUGGCAGCUUGAAGCCACGGUCGUUUCGUGGAGCGCCGCUGUCAGCGCCUGCGAGAAAGCAGGGCAGUGGCAGGCUUCUCUGAGUUUGCUGCGAGAAGCAAGAUCCAGCCAUGUGUACCCGAAUGCAAUCACCUACAAUGCGGCCAUCAGCGCCUGUGCCGCGGCUGGUCUGUGGCAGAGGUCCUUGAUGCUGCUGGAAGAGAUCACAGAUCGUCUGCUGCAGCCCACAGAAGUCACAUACGCUGCAGUGAUCAGCGCCUGUGAGGUAGCUGCUGAAUGGCAUCUGGCACUAAGCCUCUUGCAGAAGCUGACCGUGCAGCAUCUUCGCCUGAGCACUGUGGCUUUCAAUGCAGCUAUCAGCACAUGCACUCGCGCCGCUGAAUGGCAACAAGCCUUGCAACUGCUGGUUCUCAUGGAAGUCAGGCAGCUGUGCCCGGACGUGACUAGCUACAACGCUGCCAUCAGCGCCUGUGAGAGGGUCCUGGAUUGGACGCGAGCUUUGGCUCUGCUAG